AUGACUAUGAACAACCACAUGGUGUCACUGUUGACUGACAACAAGCUCUCUGGAGCUAACUUUGUCAAAUGGAGAGAGAACAUUGAUAUUGCUCUCAUUGGUGAAAAUACCCUAUUUGUGUUAACUGAAGAGGCUCCUGAGCAGCCAGGUGAGAAUGCAAGCGAGGCAGUCAAGGAAAAGUGCGAGCAUUGGCAAAAUGCUAACAACAAAGCUCGAUACUUUAUGCUGUCUACCAUGGUCGACACUUUGAAAAUAAGGUUUGCUAACACUCUCACGACUGCAGAUAUCAUGAACAACUUGAGUGAACUGUUUGGGGUGGCCUCAAUUCAAGCUCGCUUUGAGGCGACCAAGAAUUUUAUCAAUGGACGGAUGAAACCUCAUCAAAAUGUUCGUGAUCAUCUGCUCCAAAUCACUUGUUACUUCCAAGAGGCUGAGAAUCAUGGAGCUGUUAUAGACCAGACAACAAAAGCGAGCUUGAUCUUGAAUAGCUUGACUCCAACUUUUGUGCCCUUUACAUCAAAUUAUGUCAAGGACCAGUUGGAGCUUGACUUCCAUCAGUUAAUCAACAACCUUAAGACAUUUGAAAAUUUGAUUGGAGGACCAUAG